AUGGAAUGCUGCCGUCUGCUGAGGCCACCAGUGAUUGGCACGGCGGGUGAGCGACAACCCGGCUCACGCAGGGCUCUCUUCACACUCUCCUGUAUCAAUGCUCUGAACUUUGCUGACCGCUACGUGCCAGCAUCGGUGAAGCCGCAGAUCCAAAAGGAGCUGGAGUUGAACGACUGGGAAAGCGCACUGCCUGCCGUGGCCAUGACGGGUGUCUUUACGGUUUGCAGCCUCGUGUUCGGAAUCCUGGCGGACCGGGAAUGCUUGGACAGGAGGCUUCUACUUGCAGGCGGCAUCGCCUUCUGGUCCUUUGCCACGGCGCUGGGGGGCUUCGCGCAGGACCUCACGCACCUGGUGCUCUUUCGUGCCCUUGUCGGUGUUGGGGAGGCAGCAUUUGCGACUGUGGCCUCGCCAAUGAUCACUGACUUCUACCCAGGACCGCAGCGGAACCGGGCCUUCACCAUCUUCAGCCUUAGCGCGCCGGUGGGCGCGGCCUUGGGCUUUGGCAUUGGUUCCGUGCUCGGGGAGAAGAUGGGCUGGCGCGUGGCUUUCUUUGCCUGCGGUUUCCCAGGGGUGGUAGUGGCUUUCACGGUUCUCCUCUUGAAUGACCCCGUCAGGGGCAUCAAUGACGACCUGGAGGAUCCACUCCACGAGGAGGCUGAGGACAGCACCGACGAGGACAGCGACGAGUCAACCGCAUCGGCGAGCAUUGCCCCGUGCGUUGACUUUUUGCGGGAGGGUGCGGCGCUCCUGUCCAACCCCUUCUUCCUGUAUUGCACUCUCGGCAGCGUGGCCAUCUCUUUCGCGGUGGGAGGGCUGACGGAGUGGUACCCAACCUUCCUGGUGCGUUACACCGACCUCUCCAUGGGCACGUCCGGGCUCGUCCUAAGUGGCAGCUGCGUUAUCAGCGGCUUCGGCGGCACCAUCCUGGGCUCAAAGGUUGCAGACAGCGUGGCACGCAGGUACCCAGCCCUUGGCAGCAAGGCUUAUUUCCUGGUGCCAGCCUGCUUCAUGGUGCCAGGGACCGUCCUGAUCGCAGCGGGCGUGAACGUCCUGGAGCCGUGGGUGCUCGUGCUCAGCCUAGUGCUCGGGCAGACAUUCUUCUUCUGCUACCAGGCGCCCAUCGCUGCCCUCUCCAUGUCUGUCAUUCCUGUGCACAGCCGUGCGCGGGGGUCGAGCCUGCAGAUCUUGCUGGGGCAUGCCCUUGGCGACGUGAUCAGCCCCCCGAUCAUCGGCCAUAUCUCGGACGUGGCAAACCUCCAGCUUGGCUUGCAAGUCACCUGGGUGGCCGUGCUGUUCGCAGGCGUAUCCUGGUUUACAGGCUACGCCUGCCUAGCGAAGCCACCCAUGCUGGUGGUGCCCAGGCAAGCAAAGGACUCGGGCACCAUCCGAUGGGUCUUGAAGCGGGGCAUGAGCUCUCUUUGCCCCUGCGAAUGCGAGAGCUCCGAAGAGUGUUCCGACGAGCCUACGUGA